CAGUCUUUACAGCGACAGUUCAAUCUGAUCCAGUUUAAAAGAAAAAAAGAUCACUGAGGUGGAUUCAUGUGUUGAUCUUUAAAUGCUGAGACAGAAGAACAUGAUGGCCACAAGAGCCUCCAGUAAUCAUCAAACGACUGCUGGUAUUCUUUCUACUACGACCAGUCAAGAACAAAUGCACACAGAACUUCACCACUGCUCAUACUGUGGGAAGAGUUUUACUCACCAGAGUAGUUUACAAACACACCAGCGCAUUCACACAGGAGAAAAACCUCAUCAGUGUUCACAGUGUGGAAAGAGUUUCAGGCUGAAAGGUAAUCUCCAGCUUCACCAGCGAAUUCACACAGGAGAGAAACCAUUUAUCUGUGUACUGUGUGGGGCAAAAUUUACUCACAAGUGUACGCUCAAAAGACAUGAACGCAUCCAUACAGGAGAGAAGCCGUAUUAUUGCUCACAAUGUGGAAAGAGUUUUGCUGACUUGAGUAGCUUCCAACAACACAAACGUAUUCACACAGGAGAAAAGCCGUAUCACUGCUCACAGUGUGGAAAGAGUUUUAAUCUAGAGAGUACUCUCCAACAACACCAGCGCAUUCACACUGGAGAAAAACCGUAUCAGUGCUCACAGUGUGGGAAGAGUUUUAAUCAAAGAGGUCAUCUCCAACAACACCAACGAAUUCACACAGGAGACAAACCAUUUAUCUGUGUACAGUGUGGGGCAAAAUUUACUCAGAAGUGUACUCUUAAAAGACACCAACGCAUCCAUACAGGAGAGAAGCCGUAUUAUUGCUCACAGUGUGGAAAGAGUUUUGCUGACUUGAGUAAUUUCCAACAGCACCAGCGUAUUCAUACAGGAGAAAAGCCAUAUCACUGCCCACAAUGUGGAAAGAGUUUUGCUGUCUUGAGUAGUUUCAAACGACACCAGUACAUUCACACAGGAGAAAAACCGUAUUACUGCUCAGAGUGUGGAAAAAGUUUUACUCACCCAAAUUGUUUACAAACGCACCAGCGCAUUCACACUGGAGAAAUGCCUUAUCAGUGCCCACAGUGUGGAAAGCGUUUCAGUAAGACAGGUCAUCUCCAACAGCACCAACGAAUUCAUACAGGAGAGAAACCAUUUAUCUGUGUACAGUGUGGGGCAAAAUUUACUCACAAGUGUACUCUCCAAAGACACGAACGCAUUCACACGGGAGAGAAGCCGUAUCACUGCUCACAGUGUGGAAAGAGUUUUUCUGACUUGAGUAAUUUCCAACAACACCAACGUAUUCACACAGGAGAGAAACCAUUUCUCUGUGUACAGUGUGGGGCAAAAUUUACUCUCAAUAGUAAUCUCAAAAGACACCAACGCAUCCAUACAGGAGAGAAGUCGUAUCACUGCUCACAAUGUGGAAAGAGUUUUAAUCUAGAGAGUGCUCUCCAACAACACCAGCGCAUUCACACUGGAGAAAAACCAUAUCAGUGCUCACAGUGUGGGAAGAGUUUUAAUCACAGCAGGUCUCUCCUUCGUCACCAGAGUAUUCACACAGGAGAGAAGCCGUAUCACUGCUCACAGUGUGGGAAGAGCUUUAAUCAAGAGAGUAAUUUCCAAAUACAUCAGCGCAUUCACACCGGAGAGAAACCUUAUAGUUGCUCACAGUGUGGAAAACGUUUUAACCAAGAGAGUAAUUUCCAAACACAUCAGCGCAUUCACACGGGAGAGAAGCCGUAUCAAUGUUCACAGUGUGGGAAGAGUUUCAUUCAGAGAGGUCAUCUCCAGUAUCACCAGCGAAUUCACACCGGAGAAAAGCCAUAUCACUGCUCACAGUGUGGGAAGAGUUUUAAUCGACAUGAUACACUCCAGUAUCAUCAGCAUAUUCACACUGGAGAGAAGCCGUAUCACUGCUCAGAGUGCGGAAAAUGUUUUACUUACCCAAGUAAUCUUCAAAAACACCAGGCCAUUCACAUGAGAGAGAAGCGGUGUUAGUGCUGACAGUGGAGGAAGAUUUUUGUACAACUGUUUGCUUAAAUUUUGAACAGAGAUUUACUUGCAGUGAACAUCACUGGAUAUCAUGCAAGGACAAUAAUACCAUAUUGCACAAGCCUAGUGUAAACUAUAGCUACUGGCCUUGAUUUUCA